GAUUGGUCGGCUAGAUUUGAGCUAAUAUUUUUCAUAUUUUCCUGAAUGUUUUGUAUACUAUGAUAAUCCUAUCAGAUACCAGAUGAAAUAGUAAAUCUUCAUCGUUCAUCUAAAGACUGUUUUUUAUGAUUUACAGGCAAUGAUAAGAUGAUUCCACUCAAAGACAACCAAGAUGUGGCAGCUUUCCUUGUCACAAAACACUCUUGGAAAGGAAAGUACAAAAGAGUAUUUUCCAUUGGCACUCAUGGGAUCACAACAUACAAUCCAGAUCGCUUGGAGGUGACAAAUAAAUGGCUGUACUCAGACGUGGUCACCAUUGCUUCAUCCAAGCAUUCAAACUCUGUUGCAAACCAUGACUUUACACUUGUCAUGAAAAAGGACAAAAAAAUUGAUUCAAUGAAGUUCUCUUCUGAACAUAAAUGUCUUAUUUUAACAGAGGCUUUUAAAUAUAGACACUUGUUUUCAGAAAAGCCCAAAGACAUUUUUAGGUAUCAAGCGUACAAACACCAUUGGAGUGGUACACGAUUACCCAUCGUGCUUGAAGUUGGCCCGUGCUCAUUAGAACAGCUGGACCCAUCAACGCACACACUUUUGGCUAGUUACCCCUACAGUGAUAUACAAGGCAUUCUUCCUGUAAGAGACAUACCGGGAGGAUUCGUACUAGCUGUUGGAGGAUAUAGUCGUCUUCACUUAUUUUCCAAUACUAUGGAUCAUCAAAUUAUUAUUAAUAAAAUGCUGGAAAUGGCUAGUUUAACAAUGAGCAUAAGCAUAAAAGUACUUUCUGCAACCAUUACAGUUGAUGAUUACCACAAUCAAAGAUUUGGCAAAUACAGUGGUGAUCAACACCAAACUUCAUUAAGUGAGUUUAUGGUCCACAAGGUGAAUCCCGCUCGACAUAUGGAACCAAUGCGUAGGACUCUUUGCCUUUCUGACACUUGCAUUCUUGAAAGAGAUCCGCAGACUUAUUCUGUUGUAUGUUUGAGGCCGCUAAGCGACGUUUUUGCUUUAGUUCGUGAUCCCGAGCACCCUCAAAAGUUCUCAAUCGAAUACUUAAAUGGACAGACUCGGACAUAUUUGGCUGGAGAGCGGGACGCGCUGCUGGCGUCGCUGGUGGACGGCGUGCGCUCUGCGGGCCAACGCGACGUGCACGUGCGCUCGGCACGCACGCCGCGCGGGUACCGUCUCGGCCCGCUGCACCACGCCGUGGACGAGGAGACGGAGGCCAACCAUCUCAAGUUAUUUCAAAAUCCAGUGGCCAUGUCAAGAUCAGAAGUUAUCGAACGAUUUAAUGCAAAUGUUGGUUACAGCGGUCUCAUAUACUCGGUCAGCCAAGAUCGACUGUUUGCGGAGAAUAAGGAGAAGUUGAUCACGGGAGCUCUGAGUGCUAUCAUGAGCAGCGGGCCCUCGGGCUCCAACCUGACGCUACGCGAGCUGGAGGCCCAGUUUCACGCGCUGCGGAGAUUGUGCGCCAGCAAAGUUGGCUUCGCGGCCUUUACUGCACUACCCGGGUUCCGCGAGUGGAUGGGCAGCGCCGUGGUGGGCGCGCUGCGGCGCGAGUGCGCGGCCUGCUCGCACGCGGCGCUGGACGCGCUGUGCGCGCUGCUGCAGCCCAUGCACGCCGAGCCCGACCUGCGCCAGGAGCAGCUCAACAAGGCCAGCAUGCUCGCCUCGCUGCCCUUCCUCGACGGCCUGCUGGCCAUGUGGGCCGCGCACGUCACGGCGGGCACCGGCGCGCUGGUGGUGGCGGCCAUGUUGGACUUCCUGACUUUCGCGCUGUGCGUGCCCUACAGCGAGACCACAGACGGAAAACAGUUCGACCAGCUGCUCGAGAUGGUGGCCGGUCGGGGACGCAUGAUCUUUAAACUUUUUGAGCACCCGUCGGCGGCCGUCGUGAAGGGCGCGGGGCUGGUGGCGCGCGCGCUGGUGGAGGAGGGCGGCGGGGGGGUGGGCGCGCGCGUGCAGGCGCUGGCGCUGGCCGAGGCGGCGCUGCCCCGCCACCUGCUGCACGCGCUGUACGCGCCCGCGCGCCUGCAGCGCCGCCACCUGGCGCGCCACCUGGUGGCGCUGUGGCUGGUGGACCACGCGCCCGCCGCCGACCUCAUGCGCCGCAUCAUGCCGUCGGGUCUGCUGGCGUUCCUGGAGUGCAGCGAGGCGCCGCCGGCGGCCGCGCUGGAGGAGCAGCGCGUGGAGGAGCGCGACAACCUGCAGCUGGCGCAGGCCGCCGCCCGCCCGCGCGCGCCGCACUGGGAGGCGCUCGAGCGACAGGUCAAGUACGUCGAGAAGCACCUCGAGCAUUACGCAUCGUUAGCAAUGCAGCAUUGGGCUCAGAGGACGCGAGGUACGGAUCCGCGUAAGGAGAUCCGUGAUCGACCCGUAGUGCUGAGGAGGCGCAGGGAGCGAGUCAAGUCUACUGCGAAUUGGCCGAUGUUCUACUAUCAAUUUCAUCGGGACCACGCGUUACCUAACCUCAUAUGGAAUCACACCACGCGCGAGGAGCUGCGCAGCGCGCUGGAGAACGAGCUGCGCGCCUUCGCCUCGGACCGCGAGGUGGCGGGCGGCACGCUCACCUCGUGGAACCACGCCGAGCUCGAGGUGCACUACCAGUGUCUGCAGAACGAGGUCAAGAUCGGGGACUACUACCUGCGCAUCCUGCUCGAGCAGCGGGACAACGACGACAGCCCCAUUCGCAAGUCAUACGAGUUCUUUAACGACUUAUAUCAUCGGUUUUUAUCAACACCUAAAGUGGAGAUGAAAUGUAUGUGUUUACAAGCAAUGACAAUAGUAUAUGGUCGUUAUUAUGAAGAUAUUGGUCCAUUCGCUGACACCAAAUACAUUGUGCAAAUGCUGGACAGGACGUGCGACAGAAUGGAGAGAGAUAGACUUGUGCAGUUUUUGUCUAAAUUGAUUCUCCACAGAAAGAAUGUCAGUGAGAUAUUGGAAUGGAAUGGCAUAAGGAUUCUAGUCGACCUGAUGACGUUAGCACAUUUGCAUACGUCGCGUGCAAUGGUGCCGACACAGACGAACGUCAUCGAGGGGCCGGCGCAGACUGGAGACGGAGACCGCGAGUGGUACUACAACGUGGAGCAAGGCGACAAGGUGCAGCGAAAGGGUCCAGUCAGCUUCCAGCAGCUAAAGGAAUCGUACAAGAGUGGGGAGAUAAACAACAAAACGAAGUGCUGGGCCAACAGCAUGGAGGGCUGGCGCGCGCUGGGCGGCGUGCCGCAGCUGCGCUGGAGCCUGGCGGCGCGCGGCGCGCCCGCGCUCACCGAGACCGAGCUGGCCGCCACCGUGCUCGACCUGCUCGUGGCCUGCGCGCGCUACUACCCCAGCAGAGACGAAGAAGAUGCAGUCAUUAGACCGCUUCCUAGAGUGAAGAGACUGUUGUCGGAACCGGCUUGCCUGGCUCAUGUCGUACAGUUGCUCCUAACUUUUGAUCCUAUACUCGUGGAAAAGGUGGCGACACUAUUGUAUGAAGUGAUGCAGGACAAUCCCGAAAUAUCGAAGUUAUAUCUUACGGGUGUAUUCUACUUUAUGCUUUUAUAUACUGGUUCGAAUUUAUUGCCGAUUGCGAGGUUUUUGCGGCUAACGCAUAUGAAACAAGCAUUUCGUGCUGAUCAGACAAGUUCCGACAUAAUGCAACGAUCAAUCUUAGGCCAGUUGCUACCGGAGGCCAUGGUGUGCUACCUGGAGAAUCAUGGUGCCGAAAAGUUUGCCCAAAUCUUCCUCGGCGAAUGGGACACACCAGAGGCUAUAUGGAAUUCUGAAAUGAGGCGUAUGCUGAUAAUGAAGGUGUCUGCGCACAUCGGCGAGUUCACCCCGCGCCUGCGCGCGCACAUCGCGGCGCGCUACCCCUACCUCGCCAUCCCCGCCGUGCUCUACCCGCAGCUCCGCAACGAGCUGUUCUGCAACAUGUUCUAUCUGCGACACCUCUGCGAUACGCAACGCUUCCCAGACUGGCCAAUUCCCGACCCGGUAGGUUUGCUGAAGGACGUGCUGGAGGCGUGGCGACGCGAGGUAGACAAGAAACCGGCCUCGAUGACGGCAGAACAAGCCUUCGCGGCGCUCGGCCUCGAGCCCGGGCAGGACGAGGGUGCCGUGCGCAAGGCUUACUACCGGCUCGCGCAACAGUUCCAUCCCGAUAAGAACCCCGAAGGCAGAGACCGUUUCGAGGCUGUGAAUCAAGCGUACGAGUUCCUCUGCAGUAGGAACGUUUGGAGCGGUGACGGUCCCAACACAAAUAACAUUCUUCUCAUACUACGCACUCAGACGAUAUUAUUCCAAAGAUAUUCGGAAGUGCUGGCCCCGUACAAGUACGCGGGGUACGGCGCGCUGCUGCGCACGGCGCGUUUGGAGGCGGAGGCCGAGGCGCUGUUCGCGCGCGACACGGCGCUGCUGCCGGCCGCCUGCGAGCUGGCGCACGCCACGCUGGCCUGCUCCGCGCUCAACGCCGAGGAGCUCUGCAGGGAGCGCGGCCUCGAGGUGCUGCAAGAGGCGCUGUCCCGUUGCGUGUCGGUGCUGGGCGGCAGCAAGGAGGGCAGCACGGCGGCCGCGGUGUGCAUGCACUGCGCGCGCUGCUUCGCGGUCGCCGCGCGCUUCCCGUCGUGCCGCGAGGCCGCCGCGCAGCUGCCGCAGCUCUGUGCCGACAUCGUCCCGUUGCUUCGCCGACCGGAGUUGGGCGAGACGGCGUGUGCUGGUGCAGAGGCGGUAGCGGCGCUAGCAGCGGACGCACAGUGCCGUGCUCGCUUCGCCCGAGCUCACGUGCUGCACGCACUGCUACCCGCCGUGUUGCGUUACGAUUACACCUUGGCCGAGUCCGGCCUGCCUAACGAGGGUGACAACAAACAGGAGGUGGCCAAUCGCCUCGCGAAGCAGAGUGUGUCCGCGCUGGCGGCGCUGUACGGGCCGCACGCGGACGCGGGCGCGGAGGACGAGCGCGUGCGCACCGCGCUGCAUGCUCUGCUCACCCCCUACCUGUGCGAUAAGCUGGCGGGAGACGACACGCACGAGCUUCUCAAAACCCUGACAUCGAACUGGCGAACACCGUACCUGGUGUGGGACAACAGCACGCGUGCCGAGCUGCAGGAGGCGCUGCGCGAGAAACCCGCUGGCGACGACGCCGCGCUGGUGCCGCCGCUGCAGUACUCAGCGCACGAGGGGCUGCUGGCUGUCGGCGGUGUCUAUCUGCGGAUAUACGAUGAGCUGCCCGACUACCCCAUAGAGAAUCCACAACAGUUUGUCCUAGACUUAUUGAAGUUCAUUCAAGAGGAGACACAUGCGGAUAUAACAGAAGAGAGAGCCGAGCACAUCACAUUGGCAUUAAAUGCUCUCGCCAAUUGUAUUAUAAAAAAUCCAGGCGUGGAGAUCCAGUGCAUUGGCCAGUUCGGUCUGAUAUUCGGGCUGAUGUCGGCGCGAGCGCUGCCGGCGGCGUCGCAGGCGGCCGUGCAGGUGGCGGCGGCGGCGGCGCGCAGCCGCGAGUGCGUGGACGAGGUGGCGGCCGGCGCGCUGCUGGGGCACCUGCUGCCGCUGCUGGCGCCGCCGCCGCGACCCGACGCGCUCUCCGCGCUGUCCGCGCUGCUGUCCGCUACGCCGCUCGUGCGGGAGGCGCUCGCCAAAGGUGCUGUGAUUUACUUAUUAGAUUUAUUCUGCAACUGUAAUAUACCGGAAAUGAGGGAGAUGGCCGUCGAACUGUUGGCGCGUAUGAUGGCCGACAAGCUUCACGGACCUAAGGUGCGGCUGACGAUCUGCCGCUACGUGCCGAGCGUGUUCGCGGAGGCGAUGCGCGAGGCGGGCGCGGCGGCGGCGCUGCACGCCUUCGACGCCAGCCACGAGCACCCCGAGCUGGUGUGGGGCGACGAGCUGCGCCAGCGCGUGCGCGCGCACCUCGCGCAGCUGCGGGACCGACAUUACACGAAUCAAAUCCGGGACCCGUCGGCUUUGUUCGAGGAGCGCGAAGUGACGGAGCACAACGAGGACGCGUGGGCGCCGCCCGGCGAGGUUGUAGUGGGAGGCGUCUACCUCAAGCUGUUCCUGCAGAAUCCAACCUGGAGUCUGCGCAGUCCCAAGCGAUUUUUACAGGAGUUGGUCACAGAGACACUGUCGUCGCUCAAUAAGGACUCGUCGGAGGGCAGUCGCGGCGACACGUGCGCGCGCGCCCUGGCGGCGCUGCUGCGCGCGCGGCCCGCGCUGUGCGACGCGUGCGCGCAGCUGGGCGAGCUGCCACGCCUGGCUCGCCUGCUGCCCGUGUGUCCGCGCCACGCCGUGCCCGUGCUCGGCGCGCUCGCGCACACGCAGGCUUGUGUCAUGGCGCUCGGCCAAACUGACGUCAUGAUCGGACUCAAAACUGCGGUCAAGACGUGUCGAGAAGUGGUCGGCGGCGCCUGCGACGCGUUAGCUGCUAUAUUCAAUAGCACAGUCAAUACCGACAAGCUUGUGCUGCAGGCGCUGGAGUGCGAGCUGGUGGGCGAGUUGCUGGCGGUGUUGGAGGCUCGCUCGCUGGAGGGCAGCGCGGCAGCGCGCGUGGUGGGCGCGCUCAAGGCCAUGAGCCGCGCGGGCGUGCACGCCGAGCGCGUGCGGGCGCAGCUGGCGCGCUCGCCCGUGUGGGACCAGUAUUCUGCCCAGCGUCACGACCUUUUCAUAUCUGCACCGCAGCACCACUCUAUUGCCGCGGCCCCGCAGAGCGCCGGUUACCUGUCGGCGCCGCCGUCCGUGCCGCCUACGCAGCCGCCGCCGCUGGACUGACCGUCGCCGCAACCUCUCGCCCACACCACUUGAUCCUCGCCCUCACCACUAAAUAUGAAUUUUAUGUGUUAUAAAGAUCCGCUGUUAACGGCAACGAUAAAUAUAAUUCGUUCUUAAUCAUGUUUGGUUAUGAUAUUUAAAAAAUAUGAAGCGUACCCUUUAUGUAUUGAUUUCCUAUUAGGACACUUUUUGGUUCUGUCAAAUAAAAUAAAAUAAUGCUUCCUCCUUAAAUAAGUGUUAACAUAAAAUUCGUUAAAUAAAUGUAACAAAUUCCAAGAAAAAAAACUAUUUUUAGUGCAAUAAAAAAGGCAAAUUAGUGAAAAUGAAAGGCAAACAUAACAUUAUGAACUGCCAAGACGCGAUUAAUAAAUAAAAUAUUUUAAAUUAUAUAAAAAUUAUAAAUACUAGAACACUUGAAUUUUAAAACAUAAUUGAUUUUUAGAAGAAAUAUUGUGUCUGCAAGUUUUAUAGAUAUUACAUAUAUGUCGUUGCCUCUGUUUUAAUAUUAUUAUAAUACGCAUCGAUGAAAAAAAAAUCAUAAAUGGAUACAAUUAUAUUACUUUUUUAUUAUCAUAAUAUAAAAAUUACGUUGAUUGAAAUGUACUUAUACUUACUCCAAUCACAAAAAAAAAAAAAAACAAAGUGUAUAUUAUAUAGAUGUUAAUAAAAAACAUUGUUUGAAUCUAAUCCUUACUCUUAUGUUUUCAAAUGAUCUCUUUCAAAUAAUUCUUUAUAUAAACUUUUCAUUCCUGCUUUUUUAUAAUUUGCAAAGUGUAAUUAAAUAUAAGUUCGAAGCGUGGUUUAUGAAUAUGUAUACGUCAUAAGUCACGAGGCUAGUUGAGAAACGGGGAAAUGAUUUUUGAGUGGGUUUCGGUGUAUACUAGUUAUUUUUGAAUAGAUUGGGAUUGCAUAUUUUUUUUGACGACAUUACCGUUAUACAGAACGACAAAAUUAAAUUUAUUAGUCAGAGAUUUUUAUUAAAAUAAUUUAAUGUUAAUUGUACAACGUGCUGUG